GCGGUUUUAGCUGGCUUAGGAGAGCGUGAAAAAAGCUGAGCAUAAAUGCUACACUGUGCUCACUGCUCAUCAUGUAUGUUAUGGAUGUGAGAACAUAAGUAAGGAAUGAAGGUUAAAAUAAAGCAGUGGAAUGGUGUGGCCUCCUGGUUAUGGGUGGCCAAUGAUGAAAAUUGCGGCAUCUGUCGAGCAUCUUUCAACGGUUGCUGCCCAGACUGUAAGGUUCCAGGAGAUGACUGUCCAUUGGUCUGGGGUCAGUGUUCACACUGUUUCCACAUGCACUGCAUCCUGAAGUGGCUGAACUCUCAGCAAGUGCAGCAGCAGUGCCCGAUGUGUCGUCAGGAGUGGAAGUUUAAAGAGUGA